AUGGAGGGGAUGGGGAACGAGAAGGAGAGAUUUUGUCUCCUUCAAGGCAGCGGGGACAACAAGGCUAUCAGGUUGAACGACAACUUUCCAUUCACCUUUGGAAGAGAUCGAUGCAACAGUUUACAGAUCAGAGAUCGAUCGAUCUCGAAACAACAUCUCACAGUUUCAUGGGCGUCAUAUUUUGACAUGAAUGAGAAGAGUGGCUUUGUGUUACAGGAAAAUGACAUCUUCUCUACUGCCAACAUCUUUGCCACACCCAACAUAGAUGAGAAAGAAAACAACUCAAACAUGAAAUAUCAGAGCCAUGAGAUCUUCACUUUCAAGGCGGUUGAUUCAUACAGUGUGAGUUCUUCUGGACCAGCAGGAAUCAAGACAGGGGUGGACAACAAGGCAAGAGAGACACGCACCUCUGAUAGAGAAAUCGUCUUCAAGCGGAGAAUUCCUCUUUCAUCUUUGAGAGACCGCAAUGACUCAGUCUUCAGCGACAUUCCCCCUCCACCACCACGACCAGAUACUCCGCUAGGAUAG